ACGAGAGAGAGAAAAAGUGAGAGAGGGACGCUGCGGUGUUCCCCGGGGUCGGGCGCUUACUUUAGUUACGGUCGCCUGGUGGAAUGACAUUCAGUGCGAUGCUUUGUCCGUGGAACGAUGUGGAUUCCUCGUGAUACGAGCGCUUAUGGGAGUAAUUUGUACCGUUUAUGUUUUAAAGGAAAUGUGAGAUGAAAAUGUGGUCCUCGAGUGUUGCAGCAUCCAGAGAUGCUCCUGCCUUGCUUUCGUUAGAUGUGAGAUGAAAGUGUUCCCCGUGGUGUUCUAGAGAGAUAACAUACCCCAUGCAACGUAAUGCAGUAAUGAAUACACUUCGUAUUUUAUGACUUUCUACUGUGAAGUGUUCGCAGAAAGUGAAGUUUUUUAUUUUAGUUCAUUUUGACGUGAUUUUUAUUUAUUUGGAAAAUUAGGAAUGAAUUUCCCUUUCGAAGUAAACUUUUGGAGGCUAUUAACAUGGAUUAAAAUGUUAUCGAGGAUAUCUCUUGAGUGAUCUGCAAUAACGUACGCUUUGUGUAGGUGACACGUUAAUAGCACCGUAAGAAAAAAUGCGAAGAUGCACUUCGUAGUAGCGACUUGAGACUUGGGCUGUUGAAGGCAGUGGAUUCAUGAUGGGAGGACUCAAACGGCUGCUGCGGUGGUUCCCUAAACGGGCCAUGAGGCGGGGUGUCUACCUACUGCUCCUGUGGUGUUGCCUUUGCUACCUAGUUGUUAGAUUUUCUGGCCAAGAUGAGUCCACUUUCAGCCAUGGAGGUACCAUGACUGGCAGGUUGUUGCUUCAGAAAAUAGUUGAAACUCGUGCACCACCACUUGUCACAACAGAAACUGCUCCCAAUGCAACAACAGAAAUGAAUGUUUUGGAACUGGAGCCAUCAGUUGAUAAAUCACCAGUGCUUUCAGAACAAGAUUUAGCUGCCCAGAUCCAGGAAAAAAUACCAAACUUACCUGUUAGAUACUGGCAAAAAUAUAAGGGCAAAGUUUUAUCUAAGAAUAAGACAUGCGCCAAGUUCCCUUCACUCUAUGAUAUUAGUUUUAAUAACAUGUAUUGGCAAACACUACAGAGUAGUAAUGGAACCUUCCACCUUUAUGGAGCUUACUAUGAUAACAGAACAUUAGUUGCCAUGAAACCAGUGAUUCGCAUACUUGGUAUGAUAAAUAGGCUUGAGCCUAAAGUUAAAACUUACUGUCAACUGUGGUUUGAUGGACACAAGGAGCCAGUGUUUGCUCGUGUCUGGGAGUACAAGUACAUAUGGUAUAAAAAAUGGGGAAACUACAAGAAUGGACUUUUCCAGCCAUAUCUGGUUGCAUGUCAAAUACCACCAGGAUACCGCCAUCUUGUGCCGGAAUCUGUAUCACUGGUUGAGAAACCAUGUGAUAUGGCAACAACAAAUAUGCGAGUAAUUAAUAAUCGACCACCUUCUGGGCAGAAAGAAGAUUUCGCAGUUUGUGUUAAAGGUCUUGACUUUCUCCAUGAUGACCUGAGUGUUCGAUUAGUAGAGUGGUUAGAACUUUUGUUCCUCCUUGGAGCCAACAAAGUGUUUUUGUAUGAUUUAGAAGUUCACCCCAACAUUACUAAAGUGUUGAAGUAUUAUGAAGAACAAGGUCGAGUGGAAGUUACAAAGUUAACGUUGCCUGGGGAGCAGCCUAACAUACCUGGACUUUUGCAUAUGUACUUGAAAAGUAAAAUUACUAACAAGAGGCAAAAUGAGCUCAUUCCAUAUAAUGACUGCUUGUACAAAAAUAUGUAUCGUUACAAGUAUAUUGCUCUUCUGGACACUGAUGAAGUUAUCAUGCCAAAAAGUUCAUUGUCAUGGAAGUCUUUAAUGGAAACUGUGAUACCAAAAGCAUUAAAAACCAAAAAGGACCCUCGUGCAUCCUAUAAUGUACGUAAUGUGUACUUUAUGGAUACUAUGCGUCAUGCCCAUGGAUGGUUCAGAGAAAUUCCACACUACAUGCAUAUGUUGCAGCAUGUAUAUCGUUCCAAUAACUAUACCAAACCAGGUCAAUAUGUUAAAUGUUUCCAUGACCCAGAAAGAGUUCUCACCCUUCAUAACCAUUUUCCUCUUUCAUGCCUGGGUGGAGGUUGUUCAUCAUUUGCCAUUGAUACAGAAGACGCCCACUUGCAACAUUAUCGAGCAGAUUGUGUAAAUUCUUUGAAAAAAUCUUGUUCACAAGAAUAUAAGAAUCAUACAAUAUUGGACACAACAAUUUGGAGGUAUAGAGAGCCACUAAUAGCACGUGUCACCGAAACUCUGGAUCAUCUUGGUUUCUUUAAUCUUGGAACAGCAACGAGGUCUAAUGACCCACCUGCUUCUGCUGUACGAAAAAAGUAAUAUCUAGUGUUAUUUUAGUGCUGUAUUUGCAUAGUUAUUGUGCCUUAACCCGUGUGAUCUUUUAGUGGUCUUAUUCCGUCCUUAUAAAACCCAAAACAGUAUUCAGUUUCAAGUGGCUGCUAUUGUGUGGCUACUCUUCUAAGAAUCUAUUAAGGGUUGCCAAAACUGUCUGUGAAGAAGGUGUAUGAUGGAUGGUGGCAGGUGCUGCUCAUUUUAAAUAUUGCUCCCGUCUUUCAGCAACACCCAAAGCAGUUUUCCAAACUGCAGUGUUACCUUAUUUAAGGUUAAGUAUCGAAAGAAUCAAGAAAAAAGUUAUUGCAAUACCAGUGGAAAAUUGAAUUAGGAUAUAUGAUUACGUAAUGCUUUAGUAAAAGUAUUUACUAUACUAAAGUUAGCUUAAGUAGUCGAGGCUAUUGGACUCCCAUGUGCAUUAAAAUCUGAUUUUAUCACUCGUUAACCUUGUAUGGUUUUUAGUGUUCUGUUGCACUUGAAAGCUACAUUAUUAAAUUGUUCAAUGUAUUGUUAAAAAUCUCAAUAGCUGUGAUAGCUUUUACAGUAUUUAAUUUAAUUUUGUGAUUUUGAUGAUUGGUAACACUUUGCAAAGUGCAAGUUUUUUGUCAGUAUUUAGAGAAAAUCUUCUUUGCAAUUUUAAAUACAUAUUUAUGGAAAAAUUAUUUUAAAAUCAAAAUUUAGGACAAAAAAUAUAAGAGGUUUUGGUGUAUCUAUGUUAUGGAUUUCAAAAUGUUACUUCAAGCAUCAGUAAAAUUAAAUAUUAAAUUGAUUUGCCUGUACAGUAUAUCCUGAAUUGGCAAAAUACUAGGCUUUUGGGAUAUCCUUUCCUUUAGUAGGCAAAUUUCAAUGGUAGUAUGUGGCAUGCCUCAGCCAGUAUAUACACAGCUUAGCUUGCAAAACAAAAAAUUUAUCAUUUGUUCUUGUAUUGAAAAAAUCAUGUUUUCAUGUUCUGUACGUACUCUACAUGCAAAGUGGUAAGCACCUCAAAACCUAUAGUAAUGUUAUCACCAGCAGGGCCUGAGUAAGUUUUCAGAUUACAGUAUUUGGGUUGUAGUCUUAAAAUUUAGAGCAUAUGUAAAAACUGCAUUGACAUGAAUCAUAUAGAAAAAAGCCAUAUUUGUUAUUCAAAGGCCAUAAUUUGUAAAUAUUUAUAUUAAUUUUUAGUUGAAUUUGAAAUAAGCUUGAAGUUUUUCAUCACUCAGGUCUGUUUUGAUGGAAACAUUUUUUCCGGAUAAAAUAAUGUUUUCAUGGUUAAGGAAAUUUAAUUUACAAGAUAUUAUUUUAGAAAUGGUCUUGCUUGCAUAUAAAAAAAACAGGUGACGUUUAUCAUACGUGCAAGCAAAAAUACAGCUUUAUUAAGUUACCUUAAAAAUGUUGGUUCUGUAUAGAUUUUGGUUGCUUUUGAAGGAGUCUUGAAUUUUGAGGUGUAAAACAGACAUAUUGAUGCCCCUUUAAAUGACAAAUGGAAAUGUUUCUUUAUAGGGACUACAUAUUUGCUUUUAUCUAUUUAGGCAUUUAAAGCAUGACUUCUGUUUUAAAACCAAUGUAUAGUAAUCCCUGACAUCUGUUUUUGUACAUUUCUUAUGAACCUUGUUUCAUUUUGCAACAUUUAUGGUAAAAAUAAAAUUAUUUUUUUGAUGAAAUUAUCUUAAUGGAAAAAUAUUUAAGUGACUUUUCACGACAUGAACAUUGUUAGAGUUGGACUGCACUCUUUUCAUGAUGUUGUCAGUAUACUGUCAAAGAAUGAAAGAGGUUUCUUUGUACUGGAAAAAUUCUUGUUGAAUGUUUGGAGUCAAGGGAAUGUGGCAUCCCGGAGAAACCUCAUUGUAAAGUUAUAUACAUAGAUCUGUCAUUUGUGAAGAAUGUACAUCAUUUAAACAAGAAGCUUAUUGUCACUAAUUACAGAAAUGAAUACUAGAACUUUGCAAACAAUGGAUUGUAAUUUGCAUGAGUAAAACUUGGGUCUGUUUUGAAUAUUACUGGUUCACAUAUUUUUAUGCAAGUAUGUAAUGGAAGUUAUAAUAAGGAUAUCUGAAGAAUAAGUCAUAGAAUUAUUCAAAAUCUGCCAUACCAGUGGAUAACAAGCAGUCUAAAAAGAAUAAUCCAAUACCAACAUAGUUCUAGUAAUCAUUUUAGGGACAACCAUUACCCAGUGUUAAUAGAAAAUUGCAGUUAUUAGCUUCUUGAAUUAAUAUCAAUGGUUGGGUUUACAUGCUACAAAUAAGAAUGUCUUUUCCCUUGAAAUGCUUAGAUUUAAAGUCUUGUUGAAUAUGAAAUGAUAAAAUUAUGAAAUUCUAUGAUUUUAUAGGUACGUAUAUGGGUAGUCUUUCUGGCUCCAUUAACAUUAAAAAAAAUAUGGAAAUAUAAAAGUACAGAGUAUGUUACAAUUCAUUUUCACAUGAUCUGUGAGACAAGAUUAGAUGUAAUUGUCCAACUGAAUGUGUAUGCUACAUUUUGACACUUAUGAUCUGAAUAAGGUCUUUGCUUAAAUAAUGGAAUGAAGCUACAUGUAUCAGGUAUUCCGAUGACUUGCACUAAGUGAGGGGUUGUUUAGUGCGCAAACAAGCAAAAUUUGAGUGUAGUACUGAAUAUUUAAUUCAUAAUUACUCAUAAAUCAGACACAGUGAGUUGAAAGACUAUACAAUACAUAAAAAAACUUACACAUUCAAAUGAAACGGUAGCAAAAUUAUGUUUACGUACCUUCAAUUGGAAAGAAAGUACAGUAGUGAUUGCUUAGUCAGUUAGGAACAGGUAGAAGCAUGGAUAGAAAGCACUAAAGAUUUUAAACAAUAACUUAGACAUCAGUUAUGAAUAAAGUAAACAAUUGACAAAUACAUGGUAGAUAGGAGUAGACCAACAAAUCUGCAAGCAAAGAAUGGAUGGGUGUCUGAAGCUUGGGCGAUGCUCUGCAUUGGACUGGGAAGGUCAUUCAGUACUUGUGGAAAGAUAAAUGACUGAUAUUUAGAUCAACAGAACAAUUUACGUUUUAAAGCCUACACACCCACUGAUAGUUUAGGUGAUAAAUAUGAAUCUGGGAUAAUGAGCUUGCCUCAAAUUGGAUAAAAAUGCUAGCUCUAUUACACACUUCUGACAAAUUAAAAAUUCAGGUUAGUUUUAUAAGAUUUCAAGUUUUUUUUUCCACAUUUCAGAUAUUAACUAAAUAUUGCCUUGCGAUUGCCCUCUUAGGGUUAACAAAAGUACAGUAUAUAGUAAAGCACUUAGUCUUAAGGACCAAAUAGAACUUUGAUAAAAUUAUGGUAGUAAUGUGAAUUAAUUAAAAAUAAUUGCAUGUCUCCCAGCUUCCAAAUGAAAUGUACUAAAUUUUCUUUCAUGCUUAAGUAAGAUAAUAGGAUAAAUUCUUUAUCCAUACCCUAUUGACGGGGCCUAGUAUCAGUGGGCAUGUCAGGUUACAUCCAAGGCUGAAACCACCACCAUCAACCUAACCUACCAUGAUUUGUUGCAAGUAUCGUUUAGUUUUAGUACAAUACCAUGGAAUAAGAAGAUCUGAGAUGACCUUAUCCAUUCUCAUUUCAGUAACCAGGCCUUUGAGACUCCUUUAAAGCAGAAUGCAUGAAUGUACAGUGGGAUUGUUAAGAGAUGAAAAAGAACAAAUUUAAAAGCAUUAACAUGAUAAGUUACUAAUCACCAAAAAUAAUGCCUUUGGAGCAUCACAAGUGGCUGGUUGGAUUAUUAAUGACUUUUCAGUGUGCCACCUUUCUCAGCUGCUCUACUGACCAUGGCAAUGCAUACCAAAAUGUCAGCAGAUAGUCCUUUGGAUCUAGAUGAUAUUUCUGAUUAAGCAAGAUUAUGGAUAUACUGUAUAUUACUGAAUGGAAAAAUAGGCUUAAACAAGAAUUCUAGAAUACGCUAACUUCUUUCACAGGCUCAACUAACGACUCCCAUGUUGCUCUAGGAUUUGGGUAUCUCCUACCUACGCCAGUCAAUUCAGAGUAGACUGCUCAUUAAGGUUUAAAGUAGCAUGGGUUUCUUUCCCUACUCCAAAGAAAUUAAUUAAAACAACAUCUUGAUAUGUGAUGAAAUGUUCUGUUUAAAUUAUUUUACUGAGCUAUUCAACUGAAAAUGAUUGUACUUAGCUAUUUGUUGUAAAACAUUUUGCUUAAAUUCAACUUUGCAUAUGAAGCUUCAAUUACUGCUAUUAUUUUCUCAUAACUGGAACUACUGUGCUGCUUAAAAACUUUUCCAUUUAAAGAUACUAGGAGUGGGUCCCUGAAAGAAUAAUGAGAAACAUGAAACCAUUUUUGUCUAAUAUCUGAAGAAAUGUUAGGGUUAAAAAAUGUAAGUCUUUUUUUCCAAUACCCUAAAACCUAUGUCAAGGGAACAGAUAUGAGGUUAAGCAGUAUUUUACUAAGUAGAUUACUUUUAGGUGAGGUAGUAUAUCACUAACUUUCAAAUACUUAAAGCUUGAUUGGGACUAUUAAAAAUAAAAAUAAAAGGGUUUACAUAAGAAAUUUUGCAUAUAUGAGUUAAAUGAACAAAAGGAUUUUUGUGCAUAACUGAUAUUUUUUUGCUUCAUUGAAUACCAUGUAUCCUGUUUUUCAAUUGUAAUAAGGAAAAUAGAAGAAAACAUUGUAUAAGUCAUAGGGUUUUAUGAAAGAAAUGGCUUGUCUCAAGGAAAGCUGUCUUUGGGAAAAUGAAAGCUAUUUUCAAAGUUAUAUGGGCAUAUUUUCUGUCUAAUUUGGCAACUGUGCAGCUAGAUUGCUGAAGGACUUUUUGAACAACUUAGAGUAUACAUAUCAAGUGUUAUUUAGUGCGCUGGUAAAGUAUACAUAUCAGGUAUUAACAAUACACUGGACAUAAGCAAUAUUAUGUUUUACUGUCAUUACAGUUUAGUAUGAAUAAUCAUUAUUACAUGUAAGAUCAUCUCAUUCAUAUGACUUCAUGGGGAAAAAUCUGGUGCAUAAACGCAUUCUUUAUUAUUGUGCCUAGCCCUGAAAGUAUGUAUGUCAACAUAAUAUUUAUUUUAUAAUUAAAGCCAAGUUUCAUGUGCGAAUGAGAAAAAUGUGAUUUUGAAUGAGUGAGUGCAAGAAAUAUCAUGUUCAUCAAGAGUGCCAUUUUACCAUUGCUUAGUGUAUAAGUGUAAAUACUAAGUCAAGUCGUUUUGUAUUGGAUGUUAAAUAAAUUCAGUAAAUACA